AUGGGCGAAGUCUACAACGGCAACACCAGCAUUCUGACGCAACCGUACGGUAAAGCAUGGUCCGUUCGGCGAAAGCUCUGGCACCAAGCUCUCAGUCCAUCAGCGUUGAAACUGUACAAGCCAACGCAGGAGGCGGAGGCAACGAGACUCUGUAACGCCUUGCUGCUCAAUUCGGAAGGCUUCGAGAAGGAGAUCGAGCGGUUCACGAGUAGUGUCAUCUUCUGUGUAGCUUAUGGUCACCGCAUCGACUCGUUGGAAGCGCAGGUGAUCAAGGAUCACUUCAGGUUCAUGCAAUAUAUGGCCAGGUUGAAUAUUCCUGGGAAGUACUUGGCUGAGACGUUCCCCUUUCUGGCGCGGUUACCGUCGUGGAUUGCGAGGUGGAAGAGAGAAGUUCAGGAUAUGGGGAGACUGGAGGGUGAGGCGAAUCUGGCAUUAUUGGAAAUGGUCCACAGGGAGGUAGCAGAAGCAAGCGCGAAAGGAUGCCCAGAAGCGGUGCCGGAUAGCUUGUGUAAGAUGUUGCUGGACUUGAGGGAGAGGGAGGAAGUGCCCCUGAGCGAGAAGCACUUCUCGUACAUUCCUGCUUCGCUGUUCGGUGCUGGCUCGGACACGACCGCGAGUACGCUUUGCUCUGCGUUCUUGGGACUUGUCACACAUCCGAACGUGCUGAUGGUAGCGCAGACUGAGCUUGACGCUGUUGUCGGUGAGGGCAGAAGUCCUACUUCCGAGGAUGAGCCAAGACUACCCUACCUGCGCGCGCUGGUUAGGGAGACUUUGCGAUGGCGAUCCGUAGCUGUGCUAUGUGGCACGCCGCAUGCAUCCACUGAAUAUGAUGUGUAUCAGGGAUACCACUGA